AUGAGCUUACUUAAACCUCUUGCAGUUCUAAUACUUUUGUGGCUCGAAAUCACUACGCCUUCAUCGAGCGAAUUAACGUACGCGCCUACCAAGGUAGAAUGUCCGAAUGAUUUUGGGAUUCGACAAGGACGCCAAUCGAUAGGCAGCGAGGAAAGAGCGUACAAUGAGGGAAGGAGAACCAAAGUUCUACCGUAUGCAUAUCAUCAAUACUUGGAUAAUCUGAACGCUUUCAUAGCUUCAAGUAGAGAUAAGUCUUUAGUACUUCCCAGCUAUGUUACUCGAAUACUUUCUUCAAAAAACGAAACAGAAUUACCAAGGCUUUCCAUAGCGGUCGGUGGGGGCGCUUAUCGAGGCGCCAUCUUCGCGGCCGGGAUCCUGAAUACCUUGGAUGGAAGAAAUGCCAGUUCGGCCGGUACUGGGAUCGGAGGUCUACUGCAAACUGCCGAUUACAUCACUGGGCUUAGUGGAAGCGCCUGGCUUGUGGUCUCAUGGGCCGAGUCUGAACUCGCGCCUCUCUAUGAUCUCGUACUCGGUGGCACGGGUAGCUCAAGCCGGAGAGUAGGUUGGUUCACCCAAUACAGUCUUUUUGAUAAAUUCUUCCUGGGAACAAAAUAUUGGUCAAAAAUACUGGACCAAGUAAUUCAAAAAGGUCUUGCCGGUUUCCCAAUAAGUUUGGUGGACUUGUGGGGACGUGUCCUGAGCUACCAUUUUUUAUCUGGAAUAGAGAAGCAACCGCCUGAGUUCUUUGACGGAAACUUUUCACAAGGUCUUGAGGAGUCAUUCUCGGGAUUCCUUGAGUUUCCAAGUUUCAAGAACUAUUCCCAGCCAUACCCAAUCAUCACCACUCUCCCGCUCAGUCAGAGCAAUCCCGGAGAGUUUCCAAGUCCACCUACGUCGACCCAAUAUGAGAUCUCGCCGCACGAAUUCGGUAGUUACGACCCUGUGCUGUCUGCCUUCGUACCUACUAAGCACUUGGGGACCAGAAUGUACUCGGGGAAGCCGAUGGAUCCCAAACGAUGUGCUCUGAAUUUUGACAAUGCGGGAUUCCUCAUGGGAGUAUCCUCUAAUCUCUUCCCUGCAUACAGAAUCCUUUCACGCGCCUUCUUCAAUCUCACUGUUCCUCUGAGCAAGUACACCCCCAAGUCAAUCAACGCCAUCAUUCCUAAUCCUUUCUUAGGCUUGGGGACCGAUGAUUUCCUUCAAAAAACUGAUGAAGACUUGGAGCUUGUCGAUGGUGGCUUUGAAGUCACGCCGUACGCACCAUUACUGGUUGGCGCCCGCCGGGUUGAAAUUAUAUUUGCAAUUGAUGGGACUAGUGACUACGAGAAUUACGCAAAUGGGAGUUCCGUCGUCCGAACUGCCGCAAGAGUGGCACAACUUUCAAACGCCUAUAAAUUUCCUCAAGUUCCAUUGGACGUUUCAACUUAUACCACCGAAGGUCUGGUUCAUCGUCCCACGUUUUUUGGUUGCGACGAGCCAGUUGAUGUACCGCUAGUCAUCUGGAUUGCCAAUUCGCCUCCAAUCGAUCUAUCCACCGGACUCACCAACACGUCCACCGUACAACUAUCAUACCCCCAAAACCAGACUCGCGCGAUGAUGAACCAGGCCGUCGAAACUUCUCUAAGAGGAUUCCCUUCGCAGAGUCUGAUCCAGAAGAACAUCUACCGAGAUCCAUUGUGGCCGAUUUGCUUAUCAUGCGCCGUGACUGACAGAGCUCGUGCUAGAAUGAAACAGGAUCGGACCGGUCUCUGUAAAGACUGCUUCACUCGUUAUUGUUGGAAAAGUUCUUGA